ACUCUGGCACCAGCUGACUCUGCAAGUUUUGGACUUUGUUCAGGACCCUUGCUUUGCCCAAGGAGAUGGACUCAUCAAGCUGUAUGAGAACUUCAUCAGCGAGUUUGAACACAGGGUGAACCCCUUGUCCCUGGUGGAGAUCAUUCUUCAUGUGGUCAGACAGAUGACAGAUCCCAAUGUGGCCCUUACUUUUCUGGAAAAGACUCGAGAAAAGGUAAAAAGCAGUGACGAAGCUGUCAUUUUGUGUAAAACAGCCAUUGGGGCGCUCAAGCUGAACAUUGGAGACCUGCAGGUCACCAAGGAGACCAUCGAGGAGGUUGAGGAGAUGCUGAACAAUCUCCCUGGGGUGACGUCAGUUCACAGCCGCUUCUAUGAUCUCUCCAGCAAGUACUACCAGACGAUUGGGAACCAUGCCUCUUACUAUAAGGAUGCUCUGCGGUUUCUGGGGUGCAUUGAUGUUAAAGAUCUGCCGGUAUCGGAGCAGCAGGAGAGAGCCUUUACCCUGGGACUGGCAGGGCUCUUGGGAGAAGGUGUUUAUAACUUUGGGGAGCUGCUCAUGCACCCUGUUCUGGAGUCCCUGAGAAACACGGAUCGGCAGUGGCUGAUUGACACGCUUUAUGCCUUCAACAGUGGUAACGUAGAGACAUUUCAGGCUUUGAAGUCGGCGUGGGGUCAGCAGCCAGAUCUGGCUGCAAAUGAAGCACUUCUGCUGCAAAAGAUUCAACUGUUAUGUCUAAUGGAGAUGACUUUCACCCGACCGGCCAAUCACAGACAGCUCACUUUCGAAGAGAUUGCUAAGAGUGCCAAAGUCACUGUGAAUGAGGUGGAACUGCUGGUGAUGAAGGCGCUCUCAGUAGGCUUGGUGAAGGGCAGUAUUGAUGAAGUCGAUAAGAAGGUGCACAUGACAUGGGUACAGCCACGUGUGUUGGACUUGCAACAGAUCAAAGGGAUGAAGGACCGCCUGGAGUUCUGGUGCACAGACGUGAGGAGCAUGGAGAUGUUGGUGGAGCACCAAGCUCACGACAUCCUAACCUAGAGGACCUUGCACUACCCUGGGAGAGUAAUUUCUGCUGCCGACACAAGCAGCACUCAGACCACUGACUGUACUGAAUUAUGUUGAAGGGGGGUGGGUGGGCAGAGGGGGGAGCAGCUUUUUGACGCUUGUUCGGAGGAGUAAGUGGCCUUUUGCUGUGUAACCCUUUGGUGCUUGGAGUCAAGAUUUCCCUAUGCGCUAACAUUAGUGGCACUGACCGUGGGAGCUCCCAUCCUGCGCUCGUAAAGGGAGGACGAAGGCUCCGCCGUGGUUGAUUUAUCAGCCUUGUUAUCAAACUUGCGGGAGGAUGUCAUGCUGGUUGUUACAGGAGCGCAGGGUAUUUGCCGGUAAAGGGGCAGCAGAAGCUCCUUCCUGAGAACGUGCUAGAGAGGUGCCUGACCGACACAUGGGAUUACUUGGUGGCAUUGGCCUUAGGAGGGUGUGACCUUCCC